CUUGCUGGAGAUCAGAGACUUCAUAAAGGCAGAUCUCUCCAGCGCUCGCUCCCUUUUCAUUCUUUGUUUGUCGUUGGUGUGUGCGUGCGGGCAUAUGUGCACACUAUGUGGGUGAGCGAACGUGUGCCAUGGCGUGUGUGACUGGAGGUCAGAAGUCAACUUUGGGCCUGAUGGCUUCAAAAUCCCAGCACAACGCCCCCAAAGCCAAGAGUCCCAACAGCAAGGCUGGAUCUCAAGGACAAUGGGGUCGUGCCUGGGAAGUGGACUGGUUCUCCCUGGCCAGCGUCAUUUUCCUGCUGCUCUUCGCUCCGUUCAUUGUGUACUACUUCAUCAUGGCAUGUGACCAGUACAGCUGCUCCCUGACUGCCCCCGUGUUGGACAUAGCUACAGGCCGUGCUAGUCUGGCAGACAUCUGGGCCAAGACACCACCUGUAACAGCUAAAGCUGCCCAACUGUACGCCUUGUGGGUCAGCUUCCAGGUACUGCUUUACUCCUUGCUCCCUGACUUCUGCCACAGACUUCUGCCAGGCUAUGUGGGAGGCGUCCAAGAAGGUGCCAUUACUCCAGCAGGGGUUGUAAACAAGUAUGAGGUGAAUGGGCUGCAAGCCUGGCUCAUUACCCACAUCCUCUGGUUUGUGAACGCUUACCUCUUAUCCUGGUUCUCCCCCACCAUCAUCUUUGACAACUGGAUCCCCUUGCUGUGGUGUGCCAACAUCCUGGGCUAUGCCGUGUCCACAUUUGCAAUGAUCAAGGGCUACCUGUUCCCCACCAGUGCCGAAGACUGCAAAUUCACAGGCAAUUUCUUCUACAACUAUAUGAUGGGAAUCGAGUUCAACCCCCGCAUCGGGAAGUGGUUUGACUUCAAGCUGUUCUUCAAUGGACGACCGGGAAUUGUAGCAUGGACCCUUAUCAACCUGUCCUUUGCUGCCAAGCAGCAGGAGCUUUAUGGCCAUGUGACCAACUCCAUGAUUUUGGUCAAUGUCUUGCAGGCCAUCUAUGUGUUAGACUUCUUCUGGAAUGAAACCUGGUACCUGAAGACCAUCGACAUCUGUCAUGACCACUUUGGGUGGUACCUGGGCUGGGGAGAUUGUGUGUGGCUGCCCUACCUCUACACACUGCAGGGCCUGUACUUGGUGUACCACCCUGUGCAGCUCUCCGCCCCCAAUGCCUUGGGCAUCCUGCUGCUUGGCCUCGUGGGUUACUAUAUCUUCCGAAUGACCAACCAUCAGAAGGACCUGUUCCGCAGGACAGAUGGGCGCUGCCUCAUCUGGGGCAAGAAGCCCAAGGCCAUCGAGUGCUCCUACACAUCAGCCGACGGGCUGAAGCAUCACAGCAAGCUGUUGGUCUCAGGCUUCUGGGGUGUGGCUCGCCACUUCAACUAUACUGGUGACCUGAUGGGCAGCCUCGCCUACUGCCUGGCUUGUGGCGGUGGCCACCUCCUUCCUUACUUUUACAUCAUCUAUAUGACUAUCCUGCUCACCCACCGCUGCCUCCGUGAUGAACACCGCUGUGCCAACAAGUAUGGCCAUGAUUGGGAGCGCUACACGGCUGCUGUGCCUUACCGCCUGCUGCCCGGAAUCUUCUGAGGCUAGCCCUGGGAAGCAGAGAGAGGUGUCACUGAAUGUGUGGAGUUGGGUGCAUGGGGACCAGCAUCUGGCUUUCCCCUCAGGGGGCCUCCUCAGUUUGCUCAUCUGGAGAAUGGAGAGCCUGGUGUCCCACAGUGGCUGCUGGCAGCUAGAGCUGAGUUCACAGAUGCCCCAGCAGAAUGGCUUGUUCUCUCUGUUCAGCAUCCUGACGGCAGAGGCCCUUUCAUGUCUGUUCGGAGCCCGCCAUCUAUGCUGUCUCGAUAGAUUAGGCUUACCAGAUGUCUCCCACAAUUGGGCCAUCCUGGUAAACUGGAGACCAUGUAGGAUCUAAAGAGUUUGGCAGUGCCGUCACCCCCUACCUGUCCUGGUGGGCUAGGCCCCAUUUUUGUCUGUAGCAUGUGCAGUGUUAAUUGAUCAGCCAAGGAUUCAAAGGCCAUUGAAGAAGGGAGGCUUUUUUGUUUAGGUUCUUGAUUUUUUUUUUUUGUUUUUACCCCAGGAAUGGCAGGCAGUGGAUGGGCUAUCCAGGGGGCACUGCCCACUGCACAGUCCCUUUCUAACUUGAUAAACAGGGUUCCCAGGACUCCCCGAGUGCCCACCUAGCAGCUCAUCCACCUGCCCUAUUCCGGAAGGUGCUUCUUGUUUACCCCUGAGACUUGGCUCAGACAACCCAGAACGUACGUAUCACCAUUCAGUGGCCUUAGCCACACCUUCCCCAAAGGGAGACCCAAUGUUGGGGAAGGAACAUUCUCAUUAGGGACACUGCCCCCCCCCCAACUCAGGGUAUUCUGUAAAACUAGAUAGACUCGUCUUAGCCUUGCAGGCAGUUCUUUGUAUUAAAUCUGCUUUGUUCAAUGA